AUGAGGCGAGGGGCCAGGAGGCCGAGGGGCAGGGACGGGCCCCCUCCCACGCCCUGCGACCCGGCCCAGUGCUUCGACCUGCUGGUCCGCCACUGCGUGAGCUGCAAGCUCCUCCGCACGCCGCAGCCGAGACCGGCAGGGGCGAGCAGCGCGGCGCCCGGGACGGCGCUGCAGCCGCAGGAGUCGGUGGGCGCGGGCGCCGGGCCCGAGGCGGCGCUGCCCCCGCCCGGGCUGCUCUUCGGCGCCCCCGCGCUGCUGGGGCUGGUGCUCGCGCUGGCGCUGGCCCUGGUGGGCCUGGUGAGCUGGAGGCGCCGGCGGCUUCGAGGGACGGCCUCGCCGGCGGGCCCAGAUGGAGGCCAGCACGAGACCCUGGACAACGUCAUCAUCCUGUCCCCGGGAAUCCUUGAUGCCACAGCUCCUGUCUGGCCUCCACCCAGGGAAGAAGACCCAGGCACCACCCCACCCGGCCAUAGCGUACCUGUGCCAGCCACAGAGCUGGGCUCCACUGAACUGGUGACCACCAAGACUGCCGGCCCUGAGCAACAAUAGCAAUGGAGGGGCAGGAGGUGGUCCCUGCCCUCCUCUGGACCCCCAGCCAGGGGCUUGGAAGUUGAAUUUGGCUCUUCCCUCCAGCACCCAACUGCCCUUUUCCAGGGAGUCAGGCUGCCCCAGCUAAACUCUGCGGCACCACAGACACUACAAACCACAGCAUUUAGCCAGCAUGCAGUUGUUUGGUGUGUUAGUUUUUAGCUUAAGACUAUACUGUCUUUGACAGCCCUUGAAGGUUGUAUCUGAGCUUCUGUGCUUUUGAAUGACUGGGGCACUAUGAGUAAGAGAUUUUUCUUUUAACGUGGGGAAGGCACUGUUAAGCCAAAAUGAAUCUGAAAAAAAGACCAAGUAGGAGGAUGCUUAAUUUAUACCUGGGUAUUGUAUUUCUUUAAUACUUGCUCUUAGAGCUGUCCUGCUUUUAAACCUAUGCACGUGGCAGCAAUGAGUAACCAGUUCAUGGAUUUGCUUGCUUUGGGACUCAGUGCAAGAUUAUUUUAGGAAAUAAUUGAGGCCGGGCGUGGUGGCUCACGCCUGUAAUGCUAGCACUCUGGGAGGCCAAG